AUGAGUUGGGGUGUGGGCUUAGCCAUUUCACUUGGCUUUUUGUACCUGUUGGUGAAAUCAGUUGGACGAAAUUCGUAUUGUAAGAUCAAAAGUUUCAAAGGAAAGCAUGUUUUCAUCACAGGAGGCUCUUCCGGAAUUGGCCUCAAUAUUGCAAAACAAGUUAUCAAUGAAGAGGGUUUUCUGACUUUGGUCUCCUUUUCGGAGGAAGAGCUCAAAACUGCUAAGGCUGAGAUCACAAAGGAGCUUGGUUGUAGCACACAAAGGAUUAACACCAUGUUUGCUGAUGUAAGAGACUACACGAGCAUCCAUCGAGCUGUCGAAGAAUCAGUGCAAUGGCGGCCUGUCGAUGCACUCGUGUGUUGCGCAGGGAUAGUGAGAAGAUCGGACUUCAUAGAGAAUAUACCGGCACCUGACAUCGAGAUGCUCGUGUCUACCAACUUAAUCGGGACGAUCUACACCGUCCAUGCCAUGCUCCCAUUCAUCAAAGAGAGAAGCAAGAAACAUGCAUGCUGCAUCGUUCUCUUGGGAUCCAUGUCGUCGCUGCAUGUUUUGUUCCUCAAUAGCAUCUAUACUACUACCAAGCAUGGGGUCCUGGGGUUUGCUAGGGCCCUCAGACUUGAGCUUGUGCCUUAUAACAUCUCUGUCACGCUCAUCUGCCCUAGCUUUGUCCGAACUCGGAUGGUGGCAAUUGCAAGUGAUCAAAUGGCAGACCAUGCAAGGGAAGCAAUGGAAAAAAUUUGCAAGUUUGAUAUCAACAAACUAGAAGACCCUGUGGAUCUAGCAAAAAGAAUUUUACAGUCUGCAAAAGAAGGGAGGUUUUUGGUGACUAAGAAUGCUUUUGUUGAUACUUUUUUGGUGGUCCUAUGCAGAGGAGCUUUCCCACCUGAGUCUCCAUUGAUAUUGGCAAAGGAACUGCUUCUAUACAUACCUUGCAGGCUAAUAUCUCUCAUUGCAGAUGCACAAACUCGUAGGGCCAUUCUCAAAUUUGCUUCUGGGGAUUAAUUAGUACCAAAACAAAUAUCUCAGGCCAUGUUUUGGAUCAAAUUGUGCAAAAUCCAAUCCUCUUUGUCUGGUAGUGAAAAUGGAGUAGAAUGGAGGAGGGAGGAGACUAGCUCAUCAUUAUAUUGGAAAUGUUUUCACCAUUUUAUUGUUGUAUCUCUAGUAGUGUGCUCUUUUAUAUCUCUAGU